AUGAGGUCCUCGAUAAACAUCGCCCGCUUGGCGGCGCAACGCUCUAGACAUAAUUUAUUAUCUGCACCGGCGAGGCGACUGGCGAUAGCAGCCCCCACCCAGCCGUCUAAUGCUCUACUUCCCCCUCCCCCGGCGCCGAGAAAAGGCCCAGUUGCCGAUGCGACGACGUUCGAGUAUACGUCCGGACGGUGGCUCUACAAUGAGACGCAGCAGCUCAUGCAGCGCUACACCCCUUUCAACGUCUCCGCGAUGCACUCCAAGAUCGCCAAAGUCUGCGGCGCAGACGUCGUUUCCUGGGACAAGAAGGAAGGCGUCUUCAACAAGUCGUUCAUUACCACCCUCAGCAAUGGCAAGCAGGUCGUCGUUCGUGUGAAGAACCCGAUCGCGGGUCCUACACACUACACGACGGCUAGCGAAGUCGCGACGAUGGACUUUUGCCGGCGUGUUCUGAACAUGCCGGUGCCCAAGAUCCUCGACUGGAGUUCUCAUGCUGAGAUGAACGGCAUUGGGUGCGAGUACAUCAUCAUGGAGAAGGCGCGCGGCGUCCAGCUGUCGACCAUCUGGCACUCGCUCGACGCGGGCAAGCGCAAGAACGUCCUCAACUCGCUCAUUGCGACUGAGCAGCGCCUGCUCAAUGCCUCCUUCUCGCAGUACGGCGGACUGUACUACAAGAAGGACGUGCACCCAUCGCUGCGUGCGCCGACCCUCUACGCCGACCGUGGACGCGAAACACCCGACACGGCCGAGUUUUGUAUUGGCCCGGUUGCCAACAGGACGUACUGGGAGGAGGAGCGCUCGUCGAUGAAGCUCGACCGCGGUCCGUGGCCGAACUGCGAGGCGUACUUCAACUCCAUCGCCGCCCGCGAGGAGGCGUGGAUCGCCCAGUACGCGAAGCCGCACAUCCACGACGACCCCUUCCGGGCUAUCACCGCCCCGCAGUCGCCGGACGAGCACAUUGCUGUGCUGAGACAGUUCCGCUCCGUUGCGCGCCACCUCGUUCCCCGCAGCACGGACGGCAAGGUGCUCAACAGCGUCCUCUGGCACCCCGACCUCAACCUUGGCAACAUCUUCGUCGACCCCGCCGGCGACCAUGCCAUCACGUCGAUCAUCGACUGGCAGGGCUGCUGGGCCGGGCCUGCAUACCUCCAGCUCUCCGUGCCGUCCUUCGUCGAGUGCCACGGCGUCUCCGUUCCCUCCGGCCUCGAGAUGCCGCGCCUCCCGGACGACCUGCAUGAGAUGUCGCUGCGCUCGCAGAACGUGGUCGUCAAGAACCACAAGUCAGUGAUGCUCCAGAAGCUCUACGAGAUCAAGCAGCUGUACCCGUACCGCAUCGACCAGCGCGAUCUGCGCGCGACACCGGUCGCGAUGGCGGGGCGCACGUGGAAGGACGGCAUCCUGCCGCUCCGCCUCGCGCUGCUUAACGUCGCUGCGAACUGGCCGAAGCUCGUCGACCCGCAGGACCCGGAGCCGUGUCCGCUGCGCUUCACGCGCGGCGACGUGCAGGGGCUUAUGCAGGAGCGCGAGCGGUAUGUCGAGUGGCACGGGUUCCUCGAGUACCUGCGCGACGCGUUCGGCGUGCGCCUGUACGGCUGGGUCGACCGUCACAGCUACGAGCGCAAGAAGGAGCAGCUUGAGGGCGUCAAGCAGCACCUCGACGCGGCUCUGGUCAGCGAGAUGGAGCGCACCGCGCCUGGCGGCUCCUGGUGGCCGUUCAACGACACGGUGCAGUGA